UGAAAGUCGACCUUAAACGAACGUGUUCAUUGAACGAGUUUGCCUUCAUUGACGAGAUUUCGUUUUUUUUUGUGUUAGACAACAUGGCAUCCUCGGGAUUAGUAUAGUAUGUUUAAUCGUAUUUCUCUUGUAGAAUAAGUCUUUUUAGUGUGUGAAGAUGAACACAGCUUUUGCAGUGACUUUGGUGUUUGUCGGCUGCUGCAGCAAUGUUGUGUUCUUGGAAGUUUUAGUGAGGGAUUUCCCAGGAUGCGGAAAUAUUGUCACAUUCGCCCAGUUCGUUUUCAUUGCCCUGGAGGGCUUCAUCUUCCAGAAUAAUUUUGGACGCAAGAAACCAGUCAUACCAAUCAGGAACUAUGUGAUAAUGGUGACCAUGUUCUUCGCUGUAAGCGUUAUCAACAACUACGCUCUCAAUUUCAACAUCUCGAUGCCGUUACACAUGAUCUUCAGAUCUGGCUCUUUAAUAGCAAACAUGAUACUGGGUAUCAUCAUAUUGAAAAAGAGGUAUUCACCAAGUAAAUACCUUUCCAUAUUUUUGGUGUCAGUAGGCAUCUUUAUCUGUACCAUCAUGUCUGCCAAGCAAGUGAGUGCUAAAAAGGCUGCUACAGAAGAGGAAGGAAUGCAUACUCUUCUGCACUGGCUUUUAGGUAUUGGUAUGCUGACCUUUGCCCUGGUAAUGUCUGCUUUAAUGGGCAUUUUUCAAGAGACUCUGUACAAGAAAUAUGGCAAGCACUCAAAGGAGGCUCUCUUCUACAAUCACUGCCUGCCAUUGCCAGGGUUUCUGCUGCUCUCAACUGAUAUUUAUAAUCAUGCUGUACUCUUCAGUCAAACCACUCCUGUGGAAAUCCCUGUGAUUGGUGAAACUAUACCGGUUAUGUGGUUGCAUUUAGCGAUGAAUGUCUUCACCCAAUAUGUAUGCAUUCGGGGUGUAUUUAUUCUAACCACAGAGUGUACCUCACUUACUGUUACUCUAGUAGUGACUCUUCGUAAAUUCCUGAGCCUCAUCAUCUCUAUACUGUACUUCCGCAACCCAUUCACAACCUGGCACUGGAUUGGAACAGCAGUGGUCUUCCUAGGCACGAUGCUCUACACUGAGGUGUUGUCCAACAUUCGCAUGGCAGUAAAAGGAGAGAAACCGGUCAAGAAGACAGAGUAAAAAAGAUUAACACAACAGAAUACCUCUCUGUGUGUGUGUGUGUGUGUGUGUGUGUGUGUGUGUGUGUGUGUGUGUGUGUGUGUCUUAGGCAGUUUUGCAUUGCAGAUUCCACUGCCAUGCAGGUUCUUUAUAGUUUAAAAAUUUCCCAAGGUUGUAUUUUAGGGUUAGAAAGAAAAGGUAUCUUUUGUUCCCAGAUCCACACCAUUAUCAGAUCUCCUAAGGGAAAUAUGCAGUAAUAAGUCGGUAGUAUACUAGUACAUUUACUGCAUCCUGGAUAUCAGCUUAAGGGUGUGAUUAUCAGUUUAAAUUUGUUACAUCUUUCAUCCAAGUAAAAAUAAUUGUUUAUGGAAUCAUUGCUGACCAAACGUGGUUCUGUUUAGAGAUUAAAAUUUCGAAUAGAAAUGUGUAAUAGAGAUUUUAUGGGCUGAUAUGAACUUUAUGUGUUUGUAUUUAUGACUCAAGAUGAGUCUUAAUGUCUCAGUAAAUGCACUGCCUCACAGCCCUCAUGUUAAUCACAUUUCCACCUCUCUUCCUGUAAUAAAUUUAGCCUGUAUUUAUUAA